UUGAACAUGACAAUGAGUUCACUGUACUUCAGUGGCCUCCACAGUCAGCAGAUCUGAGUCCAAUAGAGCACCUUUGGGAUGUGGUGGAACAGGAGAUUUGCAUCAUGGAUGUGCAGCCGAUAAAUCUGCAGCAAAGCUGCGUGACGCUAUCAUGUCAAUAUAGACCAAAGUCUCUGAGAAUGUUUCCAAUACCUUGUUGAAAUUAUUCCACGAAGAACUAAGGCAGUAUUGAAGGCAAAGGAGGGUCCAACCCGGUUCUAGCAAAGUGACCAGUGAGUGUAUGUUGUCAGUUCGAUUUGGAAAUGUGAUGACUGAAAAUUCCAUCAAACCAGACACCAAACUGAGGUCAGUUUGGUCUGCUCUUUUAAAUAUAAAUUCUAUGCAGAGACACAGCCUCCCUCCAGUGACCACUCACAACAUGCUGGAUGACUCAACGGAUCCCAUCCUGUCCAAUGUCAGACGCAUCGGCCUCUUCAAUUCCAGGAACGACCGCGUCAAGAUUAUCUUUCACCCUGAGUUUCUGUCCUCAACCAGUCCUCUGCUGCCGAUGGACUAUGAGGACUUUGUUCGAGGCUGUAACCUUGGAGUAUUCCCGUCCUACUAUGAACCAUGGGGAUACACACCUGGUGAAUGUACUGUAAUGGGCAUACCCAGUGUGACCACCAACCUAUCAGGUUUCGGCUGCUUCAUGGAGGAACAUGUCUCAGACCCUGCUGCCUAUGGUAUUUACAUUGUGGAUCGGCGGUUCCAUUCAGCUGAGGAGUCCUGUAACCAGCUGACCCAAUUCAUGUUCAAUUUCUGCCAGCAGUCUCGGCGCCAGCGCAUCAUCCAACGGACACGAACUGAGAGGCUGUCUGACCUGUUGGACUGGAGAUACCUGGGAAGGUUCUACAUACACGCCCGCCAUCUUGCACUUAGCAGAGCUCUCCCUGACAAGUUCAAGAUGGACCCCAUGGCCCCUCUGAAGACAGAGGGUUUCCGUUAUCCUCGGCCCUACUCGGUGCCCCCCUCUCCCUCUGCCUCCCUCCACUCCACCCCCCACCACAGUGAUGUAGAGGAUAAUGAUGAUGAGCCCUAUGAUGAAGACGAAGAGGCUGAGAGGGACCGGCUGAACAUCCAGGCUCCCCUUGUGAUGGGUGCUGUGCCGGAGGGCAAGAAGAAGUAACCAGGAGAGUCAGGAAACUGAUGUUUACCAUGAUGUGUUUAUCCACUCAUACAGUGCAAGGCGUGCACAGAAUAAUCACCAUCUGACCAAAAAUACAGAUCAGGCUUCCUCACAACUGCCACAUAUCCAAUGUCAUCACCUAUUGUACUCCUUUUUCUGCUGAUGCCAGGUCAAAUUAAAGCUUUAAAUCCAGAACAUCUGGAACCAGGAUUUCUUUAAAAUCUGUGGAUUUAAGACAAAACCAAAAUGUCCUGAAAGUGUUAAAUGGCCUUGAUAGCGCUGGUUUAGAAUAUACUAGCCCUGGCCCAUCACAAAACCUGGACUCCUGUUCUUUAGCUCAGUUUAAUUGUGAUGGCUAGGCCCCAUGUUGUUUUCAGUAUAUGUGCUUCCUCUUAGUCAGGUUAUACACAACAAGAGAUUUCACUUGCUAAGCAGUUAUACAAUCCAAUAAUUCUAGGCGUGUCUUGUCUGCCUUAAUAUCUGCCCUAAUAAUAAUGAAAAAAAAUGCACUAACAAGUUCUAA